AUGCUCGUUAAAGGAGAAGAGGAUGUGAGGGGAGCUUGGCUGGCUACGGUCGACCAAACAGAAGAAGUGAACACAUCACUCCCUUCAAGCCUACAACUUGAGGAGUUGAAAGUAAUUGAGGAAAAUUAUGAUCAUCUUGAAAAACAUUGCUUGCUAUGUCUCUUAACAUUUCCCAGAGAAUUCUGUUAUGAAGAAAAGGAAUAUAAUUCUCUGGUGGGUUGGGUGGGUUUAGUCAAAAUGGAAACAGCAGAGGAAAAUGGUGAGCAUUGA